GCAAAGGCUUCACUCCACCGAGCUGACAGUGCGGACGCGGAUUGGUCUGCUCUCCCGCGCCUGUGGCAGUUGACAGCACCUCCCAGCCCCGCACGGCCUUCGGCACGCUAACACAGGCAGGCAGACUGCUGCAAGCUCAGCUCUACCCCAGCCCUGAUACUGGCAGAAAAGUGCACUCUCUUCCCGAGUCCUUUUGCUUCUUAAGUUACUGGAUUCUGCAGUACAAGUCUUCAUGAACAAGCUGCACCGCUUAGAGAUUUCACGGCAUUCAAAGGUCACAGAACUGCCAGUAUGGUUAAAUGUCUUGUUUAAUGGUUGAGAGGUGCGGAGAAAUCUCAUUUGAUAGUCCUGGCCAGAAUGCCAAAUGUGUUCGCAUGCUAGGUAAGGGAGAUGCACGGGUGAGAGGUCAGACAGGGGUUCUCUCCGAGCGCCGUGGCUCCUACCCGUUUAUAGACUUCCGUCUUCUUAACAAUUCUACACUUUCAGGGGAAAUUGGCACCAAGAAGAAAGUGAAAAGACUGUUAAGUUUCCAGAGGUAUUUCCAUGCAUCCCGGUUACUGCGUGGAAUUGUACCACAAGCCUCUCUGUACCUACUGGAUGAGGACUACCUUGGGCAAGCAAGGCAUAUGCUGUCCAAAGUGGGAAUGUGGGAUUUUGACAUUUUCUUGUUUGACCGCUUGACAAAUGGAAACAGUCUUGUAACACUGCUUUGUCACCUCUUCAAUGUGCAUGGACUUAUUCACCAUUUCCAGUUAGACAUGGUUACAUUACACAGGUUUUUAGUUAUGGUUCAAGAAGAUUACCAUAGCCAAAACCCGUACCACAAUGCUGUCCAUGCUGCUGAUGUCACCCAAGCUAUGCACUGCUAUCUGAGGGAGCCCAAGCUUGCCAACUUCCUCACCCCAUUGGACAUCAUGCUCGGACUGCUGGCUGCUGCAGCCCAUGACGUGGAUCAUCCGGGGGUCAACCAACCCUUUCUGAUUAAAACUAAACACCACCUUGCCAGCCUGUACCAGAAUGUUUCAGUGCUAGAAAAUCAUCACUGGCGGUCAACGAUAGGCAUGCUUCGAGAGUCACGGCUCCUCGCUCAUCUGCCCAAGGAGGUGACACAGGACAUCGAGCAGCAGUUGGGCUCCCUGAUCUUGGCAACAGACAUCAACAGGCAGAAUGAGUUUCUGAUCCGUCUGAAAUCUCACCUCGACAAUCAGGAUUUGAGGCUGGAGGAUGCUCAAGACAGACAUUUUAUGCUUCAGAUUGCGCUCAAGUGCGCUGACAUUUGCAACCCUUGCCGGCUCUGGGAUCUGAGCAAACAGUGGAGCGAACGGGUCUGCGAAGAGUUUUACCGGCAAGGUGACCUGGAACAAAAAUUUGAACUGGAAAUAAGCCCCCUUUGUAAUCAACAGAAGGAUACAAUACCAAGCAUACAGAUCGGGUUCAUGACGUACAUUGUAGAGCCACUCUUUGAAAGGUGGGCCCAGUUUACAGGUGAUACUCCCCUAUCUGAAAACAUGCUAAACCAUCUCAGGAGGAACAAGGCCAAGUGGAGGAGUUUGCUCCACAAGCAACACAGCAGUAGUAGGAGCAAUGACCACUCAGGUCAAGUGACUGGCAGCCAAGAACAGACUUUGAAUGAAGAAGAGACUCCUUAGUGGCAGCUUUGCACUUUUGUUCAUAGCACUGCUAUCUCCGUCUUGAUCACAGCACCAAACAAAACCCUGGGGAGCUAGAAGCCUGUUGUCAAGACCAUGGAAAGGGAAGAAAUGGCAAAGCAGAAGCUGUAAGGGUCACUGCAAACAAGCCCACGGUUCUGCUGGGUUCACUUCUGGAUCUCCUUCAUGUUCCUCUCCCCUCUCUUCAUUCUGUGCAUGCCUGGUGCCGUUCAUCACUUCUGAUCACGAACUGCCUGAAUGCAGAGUCCCAGUCAGCAGUACUGAAGCCGGGCUGGUUAUGGCUGCCAUGAAGCAGGGAAGAUUCCUGAGAGAACAGGGGAACUAGAGGCACUCUUGGUUAUAUAGUCAUUUACCACGAGUCAUACUGUGACAUAUGUAUAUAGGCCCAGUGCACUGUACGCUUUCCAAGCUGGCAGCUGGGCUGCACAUUAAACCACCAGCAUCUUCAGCAUCCAGAGGACACUGGCUGAGUGAGACAGCGUUCACAGAGGGCAGAGAGAGUCUGGUUAUUUUAGUAAUUAAAACAAAAACCUUUUUAACUUUUGUAUUCUGUGCACUAAACAAGAUCUAUAAACCUUGAACUGAAGUUACUCUGUGUAUACACAACUCCAGUGUAACAAGGCUCAUUUUGGUAAUCAUUUUUAUGCCACUUUGGAUAAAAGACAGGCAUCUUCUCAUUGCAAGGAACAGUAUUCCCUCGCAACCAAAAGGGAAGGUGUUGUACAGUCUAAACCUUUGAAACACAAACAGAUAUAUCUUUUGAGUACUGUUUCAAGUAACGUGUUUAUAUUCAUGUGUACAUUUUCUGUAAAUACAAAGCGCUACUGAUUCCCAUGCCAAAAUACUGGAGUACUGUGGGAUUGCUACCUGUAAAAACAUUGGCACUGUGAACAGAAUACUGUUAGUUUUAAUACAAGAGAAAGCAUUUGUAAAUAUGGUAUAGAGUUUAUUAAUAUACACCAAUUGUUUGUGGAUAAAAGCCUUAACUUUUAGCAUACUUCAUCUUCUGAUAGCUGCCAAAAUCAUAUGAUCACAAAAUAUGAUUCUGAACUGCCUUUCCGCUACCCAAGGUGUAUCAAAGGUCAUUAAGGAAUGAAGUCUGGCAGGAUAACUUCUUGAAAACUUCAAACACAUUCCAUAUGGGUCAGUGUUUUAAUCCAUGGCACCUUGCACAUUUGGCCUAGGCAAAAGCUUCACAGAGCCUGUAGUUUUAAGUUAAAAAAAAACAAAACAAAACAAAACAAAACAACACCACCACCAUAUAAUUUAACAGUUUGACUGGAUGAUCAUUUAUUCGAGAGCUUGAUUUUUCAUUAAAUAGCUUAGUGGUCUACAAAGCAUAGCAGUCUAAUAAUCCUGGAGUCCAAUUGUUUUCUUGAGAGAUGUUUCCCCACAUUCCCUCCUAACAUAGCCAGCAUCAAAAUGCAUUUGUAUUUUUCUUUUCAUUAAAAAAAAUACAACUGAUUUUUGGAUUAGUCUCAAUGCAGGAAAAAAAUGUGUUGUCAUCUGAGUAUCAAGAAAAACCCUCUUAACAAUCAUAGCAGCUGAGGAAUUUUCUAUAGUCUUGUGCUUGUGAAAGAUCCAUGGCCUUAUCUAUGCCAUGAACAACCUCAGCUGGAAUAGUCUUUAUAAAACUUUACUUCAGCUUCCAUCAUUUCAAUGAGAUUGUAUUCUCAGACACUACUGCAUUGCACCAAAGCAAUUGUCCCCUUCACCUCUGCCCCCAGAAAAAUUAAUUACAUUCAGGUAAAGUAUGGUGGUGGUGUAAAGCCCCAGUACAUCAAACCUGUAUAGCAGUUUUCCAAAAGAAUUAGCAGAUAUGGCCAUGUAGUCACAUCUGGAUGUGAAUACCUGGUAGAGGCCAACAAAGAAAGAGCUAUUUAAGUUGGUGUUUGAGAAAAUUAGUAUUUACUCAUAGGCAUGCAAGGGGAAACACAAUGUAAUUUUUCUCAGUUACAGGGAAUAUUGACUUGAUUAGACAAAGUGCUUAGAAGAUGACUCAUAUGUUUAAAGGAAAAUAAAAAGCAUAAGUAAGUUUUAGUAAAGAAUAUUUUACUCUACUAAUUCAUUGGCCAUGUAUCUUUAGAGAAAGAGACUGAAAUCCAGUGAAGCAGGAAGAUGGAAGUCACUGUGAGAACACAAAGCAUCCUGAGUACAAUUUUUUUUUUCUCUACUGUUCUGUAAGCUAUCAGCAGUAGAAAACAUUCUUCUUCCUCCCUCUUCUCAAUGGGACUCACAUAUUAGAAGUACCAUGCCAAGCAAAGAGACAGAGUUGUAGUAGAAUAAAAUUAUUUCUAACUACAGGGCAUAAAUGUCUUUUUAACCACCUAAUGGUGGGGGUGGAAACAUUACCACUUUGAAGCUUUUUAUGUGUAUUUUGCCUUCUGACAGAUUUGGGACAAUUAUUAAGAUGAUAUCCAAGCAGUGUAAAAUGCUGCUUAGAAGCACUUAAAUACAUACGAAAGGAUGUAAUUUCCCCUUGUUUUGUCUUUUUACUAAAAAAUGGAAGCCGUUUUCUUUUUUAAACCUUCUGAAGUUUUGUUAAACAAACCUAGUGUCUAGCAGCAUAAAAAGCUGUUGACAGAUGUUAAGCUGUUUCUGAGAAGCUUCCAGAAAAUGGGCCCAACAGAAAAGCUUAGGUAGAAAUGAAGUUCUGUUACAGCCACAAUAAAACUAAGACCUGUAAUUACAGCCUACAGGACCCAUUACAAGUCUGUGCUUACCAAGUUAAAACUUCCCAACUUUGAAAAGUUUCUCUUGAGAUAAGCAGGUUGUGGGGUUUUUUGGUGCACUGAACGCACUUGCUAGAUUUCAAUCACCCUAACGAAACAAUGCUUGAAAUAGGUUCAGUGUGGCUCCAGAAAUGCUUCUGCACUUGUGAGCCAAACCCAUUACUCAAGUUUGGGUCUAGGCCAGUUUGUGUCAGGUGCGCUGAAAAGUGAGGCACUGGCAGCACAUGCUUGGCAGCCAGGUUCACCAGGGUAUGUAAUACAGAAUUUUACCACCUGAUUUCCUGCAGAAGCCAAACCAUUCCCGAUACAGCCAACCCAACAACACCGGUGCUCAGCAUAUACAGUCGUGAUACAUAUUUGGUAUUCUCUAGUUUGGAGAACAUGUCUGUACUGGGAUUUCUUCCCAGGAUGCCAACAGAAUGCUAGAGCCACAUAACAGAAAAACACCGAUGUAGAUAAUACAGAUUUCUGUCUUGCUAGCCCUAUUAGCCACUUUACAUAAAGCCCUUGUAAAUUAUUUUUCUUUCUUAUUGGGACAGUGCAGCUAAAAUAUUCUGAAGUUUUAAAACCUGGGUAGGUUUUUCAUAUCAGGAAACAAGCAGAAAACUGCUAAAAAUAGGAGCUUGAAAUGCUUGCCCCAUACAAGUAAUUUGAUUAAAACCUAGUUACUUAAAAUGCAGAUUUCACACUAUCCAAGAGGCAAAUUCUGUAUAAAUUACAAAAAUAAUAAUAAUAAAGUGGUGAUAAGUUAAACUUUAGGCUGGUUAAAGUAAUGAAUACAUACAUAUUUUUGCUAAAGAUUUUACCAACCUUUGGGUUUUUAAAAGCCAAUGUUCCAACCACCAGAUAAAGGGGGGGGGGAAGGAAUACUGGAAAUGUGUACCUUUGAAAUACAGAAAUGGAGAGAAAAGUGGCUGAAAUUAAAUAGAGUAUACGGAAGAAAAAAAAAUAACCACAAACAAAACGAACCACAUGAUCUGCAGUUGUAUCUAACCUGAUCUACAACACGGGUCAAUUAUUUUUGUAUAAACUACUGGUUUUCAUGAGGAAAAUAAGUCUCCAAAAAUGAUCAGUGCAAAGGCUGCUACCACAGUAAAUGAGAUACGCCUGUUUCACACUGCAUAGCUAUCUCACCAGAUUUUCCAGUCUGUGGUUGAAAUUGCUAUUAAAAGUUUCCAACAAAACAGACAGAAUGCAUACCAGCUCUUCCAAAUGGACUCUCCUCAGAAAGGAAAAACAGUCAAGUAGUUAUAAUCUUCAGGUUUAUAGCCUUAUAUUUUGAGUCACUCAUCUGAGUUGUCCAUAAAGUACACCCCUUCACCUCUUGACACCACAAUCCCCCACUCGUGGCCCAUAAAAAUCAAUAAUAAAAAUUGAAUUAGGAUCUUCAAAUCCAAAAAAGCCACUCUAAAAUACAAAUUCAAGGCAAGCCUUAUGCCAUAAAUAUGUAUCCAAAUUACUUCGAUUGGUGCAAAGUAUUAUUCUAUUAUUUGUUUCUAUAAUCCAUACAAUAUUUUAGGUACAUAAAAGUGCAGAGUGUAAGUUUGACUUGGAUGUAAAAUAUAUUCUGCUUAUCUUGGAAUUCAAGAUUGUAUAUGUCAUGUUUAUUGUAAAGCAUUUUAUAUAUACAUAUUCACAUACCUUAUACAACUCUAUGGGCCAAAAACUGGUCCCACCAACUUCACUGGGACCAAGAAGCAGCCCCCAUAUGUGCGUAUAUAUGCCAUAUGCAUCAUUCUGAAAGGAAGCACUAGAUUGUGUGAAAAUGCUGUGACUGCUAUGCAGUGAUGCCAAGAGACUUAACUGUAUCUUUUUUAACAUACUGCUGUAAGUAUUCAUCAUGUUGAAGAAUGACAACUAAUAAAAACGAAAAAAAAAAAAAAAAAAAAAAAAAAAAGAAGAA